CGUGGUGCCUACGGAACGAGGGGGUGAGCUCCGUCCUUUUAGGGGCGUCCAACACCGACCAGCUGAUGGAGAACAUAGGAGCGAUUCAGGUUCUACCGAAGUUGUCGUCGUCCAUCACACACGAGGUGGACAGCAUCCUGGGGAACAAGCCGUACAGUAAAAAGGACUAUCGCUCCUAACGCGCGGCCCGGCCCCACCCGGCAGGGCUGCGACCCGGCCUGCAGCCGCAGCGCCCCACCUUUGCCUGAUCCUCUGUUUGCUUGAGCUUUUACUGAGUGAGACCCUGGCGCAUGAGUCUGGCCUCACCGUGGCCACGCAGGGCAUCUCAUUCAGAGUUACAGAGAGAAGAAAAGAAAAGGYAAUAACUUCAGUCAACUCCACAGGAAUAGGGCGGGAUUAACAAAGACAGACGGAAGAGAAAGAGAUUAGGGAUAUGCGCUCAUACGUAAAUCAGUUACACAUUCUAUUCAGCUGAAAGUAUUUUAAAGUCAUAGAGAAAAUUUAGAAAAAUAAAGAUAUCUUUUUAAG